CUCCAGCACCAUCGAGACGCGGGGAAGGGGCAGAGCGGAACCGGAAGCGGCCGGGGGUCACUUCCGGCAGGCGUGAGGAGAAUGGCGCUGCCCGCGGCGCUGCUGCGCGGGGCCCUCGGGGGUUUUCGUGGCCGCGGCUUCCGAGUGCUGAGCACGGCCCCCCCCAAGGCCAAGGUCGCUUUCGUGCGGGACAAACCUCACCUGAACGUCGGCACCAUCGGGCACGUGGACCACGGGAAAACCACCCUGACCGCUGCCAUCACCAGGGUGCUGUCGGCGGGGGGAGGGGCGCAGUUCCGGCCCUACGAGGAGAUCGACAGCGCCCCCGAGGAGAAAGCGCGCGGCAUCACCAUCAACGCCGCGCACGUGGAGUACAGCACGGCACGGAGACACUACGCACACACCGAUUGUCCUGGGCACGCUGAUUAUGUCAAGAACAUGAUCACGGGCACCGCCCCCCUGGACGGCGUCAUCCUGGUGGUGGCCGCCACCGACGGGCAAAUGCCACAGACCCGGGAGCACCUGCUGCUGGCCCGACAGGUGGGUGUCCAGCACGUUGUUGUUUACCUGAACAAGGCGGACGCGGUGCCGGACCCGGAGCUGCUCCCAUUGGUCGAGCUCGAGGUUCGGGAGCUCCUGAGCGAGUUCGGCUUCGACGGCGAAAAAACCCCGGUGGUGGUGGGGUCGGCUCUGUGUGCGCUGCAGGACCGUGACCCCGAGCUCGGUCUCCAGUCCGUGCUGAGGCUCCUCGAGGCCGUGGAUUCGCACAUCCCCCAACCCCCGCGGGAACUGGAGCGACCCUGCCUGCUGCCCAUCGAGGCUGUGCACACCAUCCCAGGGCGUGGCACGGUGGUCACGGGGACUCUGGAGCGCGGAACUCUCCGGAAAGGGGACGAGGUGGAGCUGCUGGGCUACGGCCGCCAGCUGCGGUCAGUGGUGACCGGUAUCGAGAUGUUCCACAAGAGCCUGGAGGUGGCCGAGGCCGGGGACAAUCUCGGGGCGCUGCUGCGGGGGCUGAAGCGCGAGGAUCUGAGGCGGGGGAUGGUGAUGGCCCAGCCGGGGACGCUGCAGCCCCAGCAGAAGGUGGAGGCGCAGGUUUACGUGCUGGCCCCACACGAGGGGGGGCGUCACAAACCCUUCGUGUCCCAUUACUCGCCCGUGAUGUUCUCGCACACCUGGGACAUCGCCUGCAGGGUCCUGCUGCCCCCCGGAAAGGAUCUGGUGAUGCCGGGUGAAGAUGCUGCUCUGACGUUGUUGCUGAGGCAGCCGAUGGUUCUGGAGCGGGGCCAACGUUUCACCCUCCGGGACGGGACCCGAACCAUCGGCACCGGGGUGGUGGCGAAAGUUCUGCCCCUGGAACCGGGGGAGAAGGAAAUGAACUGGGGGUGACCUGAGACCCUCAUCUUCCUCCUCUCUGAGACCCCCCACCCAUCCUCUGAGACCCCCCAC